AUAUUUGUUGCACACUCACUAAAGACGCUGUCUAGGAAUUCGGAAAAUGUAGGACUGUGGGGCCUGGUGAAUAACGCUGGUGUCUUCAUGCCCCCGGCACCCAAUGAGUGGCUGACCAAACAGGACUUCGUGAAGAUCAUCGACGUGAACCUGCUGGGGUUGAUUGAGGUGACUCUGAGCCUGCUGCCCCUAGUGAGGAAGGCGAGAGGCCGCGUGGUCAACGUCUCCAGUGCCGCGGGCCGGUUGGCCAUUUGUGGUGGGGGCUACUGCAUCUCCAAGUAUGGCGUCGAGGCCUUCUCGGACUCCCUCAGGAGGGAGCUCUCCUACUUUGGGGUGAAGGUGGCUAUUAUCGAGCCUGGUUACUUCAAGACCAACAUGACCAGGCAUGAGAAUUUUUCUCAGGGCUACCAGGAGGCCUGGGAGCGGGCCCGUCCAGAGAUCAAGGAGAUCUACGGGGAGCAGAUCCUGGCAUCCCUUAUUAAAUCAUCUGAAAAUUUCAAGCCAAGCUACUGGGAGAAUGUGUCCUUGGUCACAGACUGCAUGGAACAUGCCCUGACUUCCUGCCACCCCCGCACCCGAUACUCACCUGGCUGGGAUACCAAGCUCAUCUACCUCCCCAUGAGCUACAUGCCCUCUAUCCUGGUGGACGCCAUCUUCUACUGGAGCUACCCAAAGCCCGCCAAGGGCCUGUAGCCCAAGCCUGGGGUGCACGUUGUGCCUUGGCCCUGGCCAGUCUCCUCUCCCACAGGAAGGAAAGGCCUGGAGAAGGAGAAGACCCCUCUCCACUGAAGACAUCUAUGGACAGCGGUGGAGGUGUGGAGUGUGACCAACAGCCUGACCCCUCAGCCUCAGGUCCAAGUCAGCAGACCUCGCUGGAAGGUGGUGUGCUCAAUAGGGUUCCUGUCAG